CCUCAGUCAGUUGGACUUAAGUCUGUGGACGCGCAGCGAGUCUUGCCUUGUCUCCUCCAAACAUACAACCCCCAGAUUUAUCUCCUUUCUGCACACACACACGCACACGCACGCACGCACACACACACACCAGCUGAUGCCUCAGUGAACAUGCGACUGAAUCACCUGCCUUUGGAUGAAGUUGGAGUUUUCUUCUUGCAGAACAAACACAAUGUGACCAUGUUGAAGCAGUGACUGUUUUGUCCGAUAUCGGAGUACCUGUAUUGAUCCAGUGAAGAGGGACUUGAGAAUGGGGAAACAUCAGUCCAAACAUGCGUGCAAGCGCAGAGAAAAUCCUGAAGGAGACAGUUUUGUGGUGAACGCCUUCCUCCGGAGAGGGAUGGAGGAGUGUGAACGGUACAGCGCGACGGAUCACAAGCCGAAGAACAUGCAGGGGUUUCCAAACGGUGAGCUGAAGGAAAGACAAUUCACAGAUCAACACUGUCCCCUAGAGGUGGUUCUUCCUCCAGAGAAGGCUGAGGGCUGUGAAAGCUACCUGCAGUAUCUGCACCCAGAGGAUGGAGUGCAGGAGAUCCAUAGAGAUUCGUCCAAAGCUCCUGGGAAAAAAAUCAGUCUGGAUGACUUGGAGUGUGAUGUUUCUGUGGAGGACGACAAUCGUCAGGAGUGGAUCUUCACGCUCUACGACUUUGACAACAGUGGGAAAGUUACAAAAGAUGACAUGUCUAGUCUGAUGCACACCAUCUACGACGUGGUGGACGCCUCUGUUAAUCACUCCUGCCAUAAUAAGAGCAAGACCCUACGUGUCAAACUGAGCGUCACUCCGGAGCCCCGGUGCAACAGAAAAGAAACAGCAACAGAUCGCCAUCACCAAGAAGAGGGACGCGCGGCCGACAAGCGACUGUCCUCCUACGUCGGCAAAGGGCCAAGCAAUGAGGCGCCGGCCCCGGAGGGUCAGCAUUACUGUGUGGACGAGAACACAGAGAGGAGGAAUCACUACCUGGACCUGGCUGGUAUUGAGAACUACACCUCCAGAUUUGAGGGUAUCCCCCCUGACUUCCCCCCACAGGAGGUUCAUGUCCGGAACCCCCAGAGCCAGAGUCGCUCGCGCUCCCAAGAACCAGAAACCCAAGUCGCUCACCAGCGACGCUCGCAGGUCAUCAGCGAUAACUACAACCCUACAGAGUCUCGAAGCAAGAGCGCACACUUCUCGAAUGUCAAAUCUCCCAAAGGAACCUACAGGGGAGGUGGAGGGAACAACGGGGUCGGCGGAGGCGGCAAAUCCACUAAAUGUCACGGCCACCACCCGCCUGUGCAGAGCACGCCGCACAGUGGCGGCGCGGCGGGACACGGCGGUCAGGAUGUGUACCACUUGCCACACCAAGCCAGUUCAUCCAGCCACCACCAGCACCCUCUGCAAUACAGCCACAGCAAACGCCUCCGGGCGAAGGGCCCGAGAGGCCACGUCUCCAUCCAAAAGCCCGCUGCGCCUCAGUCCCACCCCCACCCCCACCCCCACCAGCAGCAGCAGCCGCCUGUCCACUCUGUGCUGCCGAACCUGGAGAGAGAGCAGGCGUCUGGCCCUCCGGGGAGCCCGGGGUUUGUGGUUCCUGUGGUUCAGCGCCACGAGCACCACCACCACCACGAACACCACCACCACCACCACUACCACCAUUACCAUCAGACAUGACCGCCUUCAGUGGGCAGUGACUGAAACCGUACAGGACCAACCACACCCAACCGACCACACCAGUGUGAAGGACCUAACGCCGGCCCAUGGGGAGCGUCCCGCGCACUGUGCAGGAUCUUUUUACUCUUCUCUUACAGAUAUAUUCUCAGAUUAGACGUACAGGAGAAUCAUUUGCUGCGAUGGCUGAUUAUAUUGGACCGGAGGGAUGUUUUAUUUCUGAGGUUAUUGUAUAAUAACAGAAGAUAUGCGGUACAGUUUUUGACGUUUUGGUAGAUGUUCUGCCGGGGCUGAUGGGACUGUGACCCAUGUUCAGUGAGGGUGCAGAUGCCAGGAAGGAACAGAUCAGAGGACUUUACACAUCCUUUCCCUCCGGAUGCUGUCGGUUGAUGUCCCUGGAAGCUAUAUGCCAGAGUAGCUGUGUUGUUCUAUGUGAGACCUUUCCAAAACAUGGAUCUCAGGUGUAAAGGUGCUGCUGCUCUUGAGCGUUUCAUAGAGGCUGUUGUGGACAGAGGACUUGCUGUUGCUGUUUGGGGGAGAGCCGAAUGAAAAUCACCACUGCCAGUUUUAAUGCAAAACUUUCAUGCUAUAUGUAUAAAGAAUCUAUAUAUGUAAACAUAUUUUACUGUACAAUUAUUAUAUACGUCUAUGCAUAUUUCAUCAUCGAUAUAAUUAUGCAUAUUUUAUAUAUUUUGUCUUUUAUAUGUUUUAAUAAACAUUAUAUUGUUCAUUUAAAUGCACAACUGCUUAUUUCUGCACAUACACACUUGAUUAUAGUGUCUGCAACUGUGUGAAGAGCAAUGGGUCAACAGCACAAAAUCCCUCAGUGUGAUGUUAUUUAUUGAGAUUUAUCAUUCAAUUAUUAUACUGUAAUUAAAAGCUAAUUGUGGUCUGA